AAAGAUUUAAAUAUGCAUGCGUGUGUAUAAUGUUCCAGUAUAUAUAUCCCGCUGUUACUAUAAAUGGACAGGACGCGAGAGGUCUGCUUGGAACGGACUAUUGAGUUUAGUUGGAAGGUUACUGUCUCCCUAACUCGGUGUAAAUAACGUUCCAAGAAAUCAGCCCGCAUCUGAGGGGUUGUCCGUAUGAAAUACCCUGUGUAAUUUCGUUUUUCGUGUUUUCGUCCUCUGUAUGUGUAUCUAUUCUAGUUAUUCCAGUACUUCGUGAGGCAGCGCAAGAUAGGCCUGGUCCGACCCCUGCCACAGGAAUAUGGUUUAGUCCCCGUGGCAGGAGGGGGGAGUCGUGUGGGAGGGGGACACAAAUUCCGUCUAACGGAAUAGCACAGAAAGGGAGACGGGCGAGAAACUGGAGUCGAAAUUGCUCCUGUGAAGGUUUCCAUCUUGAAGGAAUAAAAAUCAUCCUCAAUUCUGAGAGGAACGAGUGAAAGAGGACAUCGUGCGAGAAAGGAGUGGGAGAAGAAGAGACGCGUCAAACGGCGAUCGAAGGUGUCAGCAAACUCAGGAACUUCAAUGGAUAUGGUUUCUUCAGUUUACCAUUAGACGACUCAAAAGUUUGGUUCGCUGCGAUUCAGACGUUGUUUUGUGUUUUUCUUUACUAUUGUGAUCUCAGAGUCGGACUUAAUGGAUUGAAAUACCAUUCGGAAAGCAGAAGGCAACAUCGGAGUUUGGAAAUACAAUGCAGACUAUCAGCGGCACGUCUUGUGGAGGCUAUUUCAUCAACACGGGAAAAUAUUUGGCAGAUAACCCCAGACACUAGUUUUACCCCUAAGAGACAGAGGCGUACAUUCGAGCUGCAGUGUUACUGCCUGGAACAGUCUUGUGGUGGAUAUCCAGCUAGGGGAACUUUUCUCCGGAGUUACACGUAUCUGGGAAAUCAACACGUUGGAGCGGAGCGGCGUCUUUACAUGUGUUUGUGCGACUGAUUGUCAUCACAGAGACAUCUUGUUUAGUAUAUAGGGAUUACGGUAUUGUCUGGCCUUUUCAAAGGGUUCCUCAUUCAGGAAGACUCCAGCUACCUUCUGCUGUGGGCGGGUGAAGGGCAGUUAAGUGAUCACAAGACACAUAGGCUUCGCGGAGCUCUGGGUGCACAGACUCUGUGACAUUGCCAGUGUGGGGUUGUGUGUGUUAGAGGAUUAAUCUGAGUGAUAGCAUCACUCUACACGGUCCUACUCUGUCCAGUGAAGAGUCUCCCCUGAAAGUGCUGGUAAUUGGAGCUAUUUUUAGCGUAAGGGAUGGGGUAAAAACAGGCUGCUGGAAACCCAACUCCCCUCUACCUCCCUUUCUUCUUCCCCUCCUAUCACACUACCUCGUCCAGCCCACUUACCAGGAUGCUGGUCGAGCCUGGUUAGAACGGACUUGAUUUCCAGCUAGUAAAUGUAUUUUACAUGCAGUCUUGAGGAAAAAGAAGAAAUAGAUGUAACUUUUUUCCAGAACUAUGAACUGUUCAGCUGUUUAAGAUGAGUUCCUUUGGAAAUGUACUGACCGUGGAGUUUUAGUAACCAAGGCAUAUUAGCUGUACUCUAAACAUAAAACCUGUGCUGGAAUACUAUCAACAUGUCUGAAGGAAUAGUAGUAUAAGCGAGUAGCCUUUAUUCUGUGGACACUCUCUUAACAUACAAUUGAACAGGCCAACAACUUAAAAUAUCAAUCACCAGCGAUCUGGAGUGGAAUAGACCUCCAUUUCACAGAAAGAAUGCAUGAAACUGCUGAAACCAACAUAACAAAAACCUAACCUGACAAACCAAAUAUUCUAUUUCUCCCACUCCCUUUAUCCACAGAGAAACAGAAUAUAUAUGAAGAAUGAGAGAUCUAUAUCUAUAGCGUAACCCCACAAAAAACAGACAUUACAUUCUUUAUAUUUUUACUUCACAGAGACAAGCUGCCUGUACACCGGUUGGUUGCCUUAAGAACCACUGUUGCGAAAUAAUUUUUAGAAACAAGCCAGAGAAGACGGUGCCUUUUGAUUGGUUGGUUGGUUUUCUGCUAUUUCCUGCCAGUUGGAUGUAAACACUUGAAGUGAACUCUGGGAUUGAAAACACAUCUGAUGACAGUUACCUAAACUGCCACAAUCAUCACACGUCUGUCAAAGUAUUUAGACUUAAAGAAUUUCCCUGCUGGACUGAACAAUUUCCAAGCAUUUCCAUGGUGAUCACAUCAUCAUCCGUUGAGGACAAGACCGUGCCCUCUUGCAGGAUGGUCCAAUCAGAGCCCUGGAUCAGCUCAGCUUUGCUACGCAAAAACAAAAGUGUAAGCAGCUCAGGAUGUCCGCCCACCUCCUCCUCCUCCUCCUCCUCCUCCUCCUCCUCCUCCUCCUCCACUGCCCAGGGCUUCUCCCUCGCUGAGCCAGCCAUGACCAGCCAGCACACACAUACACACCCCUCCUUCAGUUCCAUCCACUCCAUGGCCGAGCAGCAGCAGGUGCUGUCUGAUAUGACCAUACUCCAGCGGAGGAUCCCCCCAAGUUUCAGAGACCCUUCCAGCGCCCCACUGAGGAAACUCUCUGUUGACCUCAUCAAAACUUACAAGCACAUUAAUGAGGUGUACUAUACAAAGAAGAAGCGGCGGGCCCAGCAAGUCCCUCCAGAGGACAGCAGCACCAAGAAGGAGAGAAAAGUCUACAAUGAUGGCUAUGAUGAUGACAACUAUGACUACAUUGUCAAAAAUGGAGAAAAGUGGCUGGACCGCUAUGAGAUAGACUCAUUGAUCGGGAAGGGCUCCUUUGGACAGGUGGUGAAGGCUUAUGAUCACCAUGAACAGGAAUGGGUUGCCAUUAAGAUAAUCAAGAACAAAAAGGCAUUUCUAAACCAGGCACAGAUUGAACUACGCCUACUGGAGCUCAUGAACAAGCAUGACACUGAGAUGAAAUAUUACAUUGUCCACCUGAAGCGUCACUUUAUGUUUAGGAACCAUCUAUGUUUGGUGUUUGAGUUACUGAGCUACAACCUGUAUGAUCUACUGAGGAACACCAACUUUAGAGGAGUCUCGCUCAACCUCACCAGGAAAUUUGCACAGCAGCUCUGUACAGCUUUAUUAUUUCUGGCCACUCCAGAGCUGUCAAUCAUCCACUGCGACCUGAAACCAGAAAACAUCCUGCUGUGUAACCCCAAGAGAUCUGCCAUCAAGAUAGUUGAUUUUGGAUCCUCCUGCCAGCUUGGACAGAGGAUCUAUCAGUACAUCCAGAGCAGGUUUUACCGCUCUCCUGAAGUUCUGUUGGGAAUGCCAUAUGACCUGGCCAUCGACAUGUGGUCUCUAGGAUGCAUCCUGGUGGAGAUGCACACAGGAGAGCCCCUCUUCAGUGGCUCUAAUGAGGUGGAUCAGAUGAAUAAGAUUGUGGAGGUUCUGGGGGUCCCACCCAGCCACAUGCUGGAUGCAGCUCCUAAAGCUAGGAAGUACUUUGACAAGCUGUCAGAUGGUCUCUGGACAGUGAAGAAGAACAAGGACAUUAAGAAGGAGUAUAAGCCCCCAGCCACAAGGCGUCUUCAUGAGAUUUUGGGUGUUGAGACUGGUGGCCCUGGGGGGCGGAGGGCAGGGGAGCCAGGACACGCCCCCUGUGACUAUCUGAAGUUUAAAGACCUGAUCCUGCGUAUGCUGGACUAUGACCCAAAAAGCCGUAUCACACCAUUCUACGCCCUGCAGCACAAUUUUUUCAAGAAGACCACAGAUGAAGGAACCAAUACCAGUUCAUCUACAUCCACCUCUCCUGCCAUGGACCACUCUCAUUCAACCUCCACUACUAGCUCUGUUUCUAGCUCUGGUGGCUCUAGUGGUUCUUCCAAUGACAACCGCAACUACCGCUACAGUAACCGCUACUACAAUUCUGCUGUUACACAUUCAGACUAUGAGAUGACCAGCCCUCAGGCUCCCUCCCAGCAGCAGUUGAGGAUGUGGCCAGGCAGUGAUGGUGGAGGUGGGGGUCAGGACCCAGCGUACACCCAGUUGCUGCUCCACAAGCCUGCUGCCUCUCAACAACACCAGCGCCAUUUCCUUGACCCGCCACACCACCCCCACCCAACUUACUCCCACCACGGGAAUGGUGGGCGUGGCCCGCGACAAGGUGGACAGACAGGCAUUGUUGGAGGGGGGGGCCAGCAGGGAUCCUCGCCUCAGAUGAGUGACAGCAUGGAUGUGGGCGUGUCCCUAGGGCUGCACCACCUGGGGGCGGUGUCUUCCAUGGAGGCCUCUCAGUUUGGCUCUGCCUCUCUGCCCCUUGCUCUGCCAAUUGGACUGUCUGCCUUCCGGACUCGGACGGCCCCCACCGCCCCAGGGCCACAAGCACCGCCCCCUGAAGACUACUACCCUGCCUCCAACAACAAUAAUCCUGCUGCGGGGGGCAGAGGGAGGCCAGACUCAGAGGAGGGGCCAGCCAACUCUUGAUAAAACCUGAACCAUGCCCUAAAGCCAUACAAUUUUAACUACAACUACUACGACUACACACAUACAGCCAGAGUUCAGAGACAAAGAGGUGAACUUUGUGCUGAAGGAGACAGUUUGUACUGCAUGAGAGGAGGAGGAAGGAGGAGGAUGCUGGGAAAGCUCUCCUUUACCCUUUUUAGUUUGUUGUCUUUUGUUGCGACUGUAUUUGGAAAGGAAUGAUUGUGACGAGUUUGUUUUUAUUAUUAUAUUAUUAUUAUUAUUAUUAUUAUUAUUAUCGUUGUUGUUGUUUAAUAUUAUUUGAUUUUUCUUGGGUUUGAGGAGUUGUGUGUUCUACUUGGGUAUUGUUUAAGCCUGGAGAGGAGAAGGAGGAUGAAGAGGAAAGAGAGAGGAGCCAUACCUUUCCAUCUUACUCCAUAUGGUGGCUGUAGAUAGAAGGAGAGCAUAUAUUGAUGUUCACAAUGGUUACAUAUGACCGUAUAUUCAUAUUUGCAGCUCCUGGAGACAAGCAGUCUUAACACACUUGCAGAUACAUGCACACACAUACAUAUAUCUAGUGUACAUAUACUUGCUCCAUCAAGAAGUGAGUAACUGGUGUCAAACAUAUGUAUGAUUCAGGCAGGACUCAAGGAUUCUCUCCUAUAUGUGUUAAACCCACUUUUUCUUAAAGUUUGUGUCCUCCCACUGUUGCUCUCUACCUGGUUGUGACAGAGUACAGAGAGAAGGGGGGGGUGACAGGACACCAAUGCCUUCCUUGCGGUCAUAGGGAUCUCCUUCUCCUCCUUCUCCUUGCCUCCCCGCUCUCUUCUUCCUCUCCUCCUUCUCCUGUUGUGUUUCUCCUCCAGACAGCUCCUCCUCUCUGUGCUGCUAAUCACCAUGACAACUGGUCCGGAUUGCUGCUAAAGAUCCAACACAGAUCAAUAAAGAAAUAAAAAAGAAGUAGAAACAGAAAUAACUAAAAAAAAAACUUUUUAACCCCUCUACUUAAGAGAAAGGAUAAAGUAAGAACCACUGCAUCUCAAUGUAUUUAUUACUAUUUAACAUGAAAAAACAAACUGAAAGUAACCCUUUUUCUGCUUUUCUUUGUUUGGUUGCCUUCUUUCUGCAGGUGAGCUCUGAUUGGCUAUUGUAACAGUGAUGGUAACUGGUGACAUGGGAAUGCCACCAGUUGUGGGCGCUGGGAGGAGGGGAGGGGUUGGGGCAAAAUAAAGUUGGAUAUAUAAUAAGAAUAAAGAGUAUACUUUUGCACACCAAAGUCAAA